CCCCAGCUCCUGUGGCCGCGCCCUGGCGGCGGCGCGCGCGCUGGCCUGGAGGCCGACUUGGAGACCCAUCUGGAGGCCGAGCUGGCCCGGCAGGCGUUGCGCGGGCAACAUGGCGGCACCCCGGGAGCGGGGGCUCUUCAGCGGCGGAAACCUCUUCUCCUUCCUGCCCGGCGGUGCGCGCUCCGAGGAGAUGGACGACCUGGUGACUGACGCGCGCGGCCGGGGCGCGGGGCGACGAGAUGCUGCCGCUUCGACCCCGACGCCAGCCCAGGCGCCGGCCUCUGAUUCUCAGGUCGCGGAGGACACCUCCCGGAGGCGGCCCUGCCGGGCCUGCGUGGACUUCAAAACGUGGAUGCGAACGCAGCAGAAGCGGGACAGCAAGUUUAGGGAAGAUUGUCCUCAGGAUCGCGAGGAACUAGGCCGCCACAGCUGGGCUGUCCUCCACACCCUGGCCGCUUACUACCCUGACCUGCCCACCCCAGAACAGCAGCAAGAUAUGGCUCAGUUCAUACAUUUAUUUUCCAAGUUUUACCCGUGUGAGGAGUGUGCUGAAGACAUAAGGAAGAGGAUACACAGGAACCAGCCAGAUACGCGCACUCGGGCGCACUUCACCCAGUGGCUGUGCUGCCUGCACAAUGAGGUGAACCGGAAGCUAGGCAAGCCAGACUUCGACUGCUCGCAAGUGGACGAGCGCUGGCGUGACGGCUGGAAGGAUGGCUCCUGUGACUAGCCAGCAGCCAACUGGAGCCUGUGGGUGGUCUGGCCAGCAGAGAGGGUGGGGCGCUCAUUAAAGUGCCUCAGAGCCAGAGCCUGUUGUGUCUCACCUGUGUUGGGUGGUUCCCAGAUAUUGCCCGUGGAGCCCUUCCCCUCUCAAGUUAGGGGUAGAGGUGGAGAUGCCCGUUCCCGGCACCCUGAUGGCCUCCUCAGCCACCACCCCAUGGGGCUGCAGGUGAAGGAGGCAGGAGCAGCGUAGACUGUCCUUUCCAUAGAGGAUUCAGCCUCCUGCUCACUUGCCGCCCUGGUGCCCUACUUCCCCCAACAGGAAGGCAACAGGCCUGGCUGUCUCGCCCCUCCAGGCCAGGCCAUUGUCUCCAAACCUUGUAGCUAGGGAAAGCAGAUGUGGUUGUAGCCCCAGGGGCUGUGUGCUGUUUGCACGUCAGGAAAGAGGCUCCGGAGGCUGAGCUCUGUUGCACGCAAGUCCCUGUUCAACCUGUGGCCUUGCCUAGCUGUACCAGGCCUGUCAGAGGCUUCGUGGAACUUGAGACCAAAAUAAAAUGCUGGAGAAGUGACUGAA